AUGACAUGCAAGAAAAAGCUCACCGAUUUCCAAGAAUGUUCCCGCAUUACACAACAAACGUCUCUCCUACAACGCAUACGAAAAUACCAAGAUUCUCUCCUGAUCCACAUACCUGCUCUCCGACCUUUGAUUGAAGCUGAACCGCCUGAAUGCACGAGCCUGGAGACAAUGAACCUUUUCCUCCCUAGCUCCCUCAACAAACGAUCGCAUACUCUCAUUCCAACCGAACUGAUACAAUUGGAAGAUUGUCUUCGUUUUGCACAAGCGCAUGAAUCGCUCAGUCAGUUACGAGCUCAACUUCGCUCCCGUUCUGUUGUUUACAAGAACACAUCCCGUUUACAGCCUUCACAAGGCAUGUAUACAAAAAUGAAUACGCUCCAGGACAAGAUUGAGGCGCGAAUUACAAUGAUAGCAGCUACUUAUCGUGCGGCACGAGCUGCCCUGGUGAAAACACGCAAACAAGGAGAGUGGAUGAACUCACUGAAGGAGCUGCAGGACACGGAUAUUCGAGGGAUCAGCGAACGGGUUUUGAAGGAGAAGGAGAAGGAGGACUGGCGCUUAGCACAGGAGCGAAGUGGGUUGGGCGCAGAUGCUAUAGACGAGGUUCUCAAUGAGAGAAACGUGCCCACGAUCCCAUUCAAUCCGAUCCUGUCACUUGGACAAAGUAAACAAGUACUUUCGUGGAUUUGGUACACCCGUCUCACGAUGGUGGGGGGUGAAAGGGUCGCUGACGGGGCUAGUUUCAAGGAGAUCCAGGAUAGCCUUCGUUCUGAGUGGUGUAAAGCGCGUGCUCAUGCCCAUCGACCACGAGAAGAAUUGAGGCUUGUAGAAGAAGAAAUGCGCCGCUCGAUCGAAUAUUGUUACUACGUGGCUAGCUGGUGGGAAAGGCAGAUCGGACGACGAGAUGUCUCUCCAUUCUUACAAGAGGGUUUGACAGCAUAUGCGAAGGAGCAUGCUCAUGUUGAGCGCAAUCGUGGCCGUCAUUGGGCACAGCUAUGGCACCCCAUACGCGAGCGGGCGAAGGUCAUCCUUUCCCACCUUUCGGAUCCACGCCACAACGCUACACUUCCAUCCAUGUCUCCGUUAGAGGUAGAAGUUGAAAUGGAUGAAGACAAGGGCAGGGAGGAAUCGGACGAUGAUGGCAAUUGA